GACAUCGUCCACAUUUCCGGUACGGCCUCCCUACCCCGAUUCAUUGACAUGUGAAGGAAUCUCAGUUGGUGGUGGAAUUCACGGGUCAGGAGAUGUUGCUGGAGGAGCUUUGGUGCUGACUUUCAAGAACUGAACAAAUCCUGGCCUUGACACAGUUAUAUUUUGGGCACGGAGAUGGAUUUCCUUAUUCUGUUUCUCAUUUACUUGGCUGUUUGUCUCUUCUGCAUGGUGGUUGCCAUCAAAUUCUCAAGGCAAAGUCAGGAAUGUUUCACAAGGAUCUCGCACUACAUCACUCUGGUGAUUGGACCAGUGAUUCCUCGAUGGUUACAGUUAGCAGUACAGCUUACUUUACAUAGGUUCGUCCACCAGAGGAACUCCUUUUUCCUGGUUUUGCACCUUCUUUUAGAAGUAGCUGUGUAUGGAGAGUAUUCAUGGGAAGUGUAUCCUUACUGCACGGAACUGGGAUUUGGACAUAGUAUCCUGUUGCUGCCUUACAUCCUGCUGCUCGGGAAGAUGUACUUUUUCUAUCUAUGCUGCUCCAGAGACCCUGGUACGAUUUCUCCUUCAAACCAUAAGCAGCUGUUGAAGGUGUACACGUAUGAUGGAAUUUUGUAUCAUCAGGCCCACAUCUGCCCUACGUGUGAACUUGCAAAGCCUGCAAGGUCAAAGCACUGCCGUGUGUGUAACCGGUGCGUCCAUCGAUUUGACCACCAUUGUGUCUGGGUGAAUAACUGCAUUGGGGCAUUAAAUAUACGUUACUUCCUGUUGUACCUGGUGACGCUGUCUGGAAUGGCUGCUGCAGUGGGAACGGUGACUGUAAGGUUCCUUGUCCAGGUGGCACUGCUGUCCAACUUGCAUCAGGUGAUGUAUGUGAAUGCUGAUGGUGAACAUGUGCCUGUCGGUAUCCUGUAUAUAGUCCAGAAACUGUUCCUGACCUUUCCUCGGAUCCUUUUCAUGCUGGGCUUCACACUCCUCAUCUUCUUUCUGCUGGCAGGUUAUACUGCAUUUCACUUCUAUUUGCUGAUGACCAAUCAGACUUCAAAUGAGUGGUACAAACAUAAGAACAGUUGCCAGUGCCACAUGGACAACAGCAGGCCAGACAAAUGCAUGCAGGGAAACACCUAUCAUAGAGGAUAUCUCAGAAAUGUGAAAGAAAUCAUAAGCCCUGAGACACAACUGAAAAAAGUCAGAUAACAGGGACAGAAAUGGACAUUUGUACACUUUCAGAGAAAGUCUUCUGUUCAAUUGUGAAAUGGUUUGUAAUUUUUUUAAAUUGAUGCUUUAUACCACUUUUUUUUUUAACUGUCUGAUUAACACAUUAAAAUUUAGAAUGGGU